CUCCUUUUAAAACUGCCCUGCUGUCCUCUUAAUCUACCCCCUCUCUUACUUUGUGGUAGUGAAGUUGCAGGGAGAGGUUCUCCCCUGACUCUCUCCCCUUCCCCCCCCCGCCGGGCUCUGCUCAGUAACAAUGGCGGAGAGCGGUGCGGGCGGAAACAGGGCCAGGGGCGGAUCCUGCUCCCUUACCCACAGCCCGGCUGGGAAAAGCCAGGGAGCCCCCGGGACUGCCGGCGCUGGGGAAUAUUGCAGGAAAGUGCAGGAGUGGCUGUGGCAGUAUUACAGCUACGUGCAGUGGCAGAGCUGGAUGAUGAUGAUGGCCCCGCUCCCUCCCUAUUACCCCUUCCCCGGCGGCGGCGGGGCCCGGCAUGGCGAGGGGGCGGCGGAGGAGGAGCAGGAGGAGGCCGCCAGCAAUCUCUACAAUCCCUUCCCGCUUCACCCGCACUUCUUCGGGGUCCCUGCAGUGCCGCAGAGUCCAGGUGAACACGCUCAGCAGCAGCAGGAGGUGGCAACUGCUUCGGCGAACGGUGUCAGGCUGCCGGCCCCUCAUGCACAGCAACAGGCAGGGAAUGUGCACCCGAGAGGACGUGAAUAUACUAUACCAUCCCUGAUGCAGCGAUUCCUCGCAGAGAUGGUGGAUUUUCUGAUCCUGUUCCUGCUAAAAGCUGUUGUGGUGCUGACUGUAAUGCACAUCUGUGGGAUCAAGGAUCUUUCCAAAUUUGCCCUGAAUUACAUAAUUGAAGAAAUUGAUGAAGACACCUCUUUAGAAGACCUUCAGAAAAUGAUGGCUGUAGCACUGAUGUACAGACUCUUAGUCUGUUUCUAUGAGAUCGUCUGCCUUUGGGGGGUUGGAGGGGCCACACCUGGCAAGUUCCUGCUUGGGUUACGAGUUGUCUCUUGCGACAGCUCAGUGCUUGUUGCUCCGAACCGGGUAUUGGUGAUUCCGGCACAGAAUGUCAGCAUCUCAUCGUCUUCAAUACGAGCAUUGAUCAAGAAUUUUUCAAUUGCCUUCUUUUUCCCUGCCUUUGUUACAUUGCUUUUCUUUCAACACAAUCGCACAGCCUAUGACAUUGUAGCUGGGACUAUUGUGGUAAAGAGAAGUGGAGCAAGAUGAGGAUACCACAAAAGACUUAUCUGUAAUUUUUUUUACUCUGCUCCUCGAUUUGCUGGAGUCCUGCAUCAUUCAGGAGGAGGAAGAGAGGAAAACACCUGUUGCUGUCUGGAUUCCAGAGUAAUGGAUCAUCUGAAGAACCAGUUGAGAAUGAACAUAUUUAUAGUAGUGUACCUGCCAUUCUAAUGAAACACAGGAAUUGACUUGGUCUUGGGAAUUAAUCUGCUCCAAUGCUUGACACCAUGAUCUUUAAAAUGUGGAUCUUGAUUGACUUUCAGGUUCUACAUCAGAAAUUUGCACAACUUGAAAUUAAUGUCUCAAAAUCUUCAAAAAAAAAGCAUGGCUUCAUUUUAUAAAUAACUUAAAAUUGAUAAAAAUCAAUGCAGAAUUGACUUUGCAAUUGACAGUCGCUGUUUUAUUUUAGUCCCUUCAUCGUGACACUUCUAUAUUUUGUGGUAUGUGACUGCUUUGGAAACUUUUGCCAAGGAAGAAAACUGUUUGCAGCCAGUCGAUCUUUGAAACUACAACCAGCGUGUUGAUGAUAGUUAUCAACUUCGCUCUGGAAACAACUGGACAGAUUUGGUUAAUUAAGAGAUUUUAUGUCUUGAAACCCUUCAGCUACAUAACCAGAGGGAAAACAAAUUUGAAAAAAGAGAGACUUUUAACUGAUACCUUAAAUAUACAGAAACAAGAUAUCAGUUGUUUUUAAAGCUGAUGCCUGUUCUGCAACAGUAAAUCCAUAUGCUCAGUAUUAGAGUUAAUUCAGUUUGGCUCCCUAGGAUUUUCAAGAUUUUUGGAAAAAAAACACUUAGUUAUAUAUUUUGUUCCAUACACUUUUUAAUGGAUAUUCUUGUGUACGUGAGUCAUUUGCUUUUUUAACUGAUUGUAUUAUCCCUUGCACACACUAUCAGUUGUUUUUGUGACUUGAUGUCCUGGUCCCUGAACUUACCAUCCCAAUGUAACAUAACUUGCUCAGAUAACUGUGUUUACACCACUUGCCAUUUUAUACAGGGGUUAGGCUCCUGUUUUGCUUUUACUCUGGGAACUAUCAAUUGUAAAUUCAUACUAAGCAUUCUCACACACCCAUGAUACUGGAACUGCCUACUUGUAACAUGGAUAAUCUCUAAUCGGUGUGAAAUAGCAGUCAGCAAUCAAACUCUUUGGAGGCCAAUUAAUGUUCAUUUAGUACUCUACCCAAGUUGCCAUUCAUGUUCGCUAGAUUCAAAUUCAUUCUCUUAGAUCCUAAAUGCUAUGACUGAAAAAUCAUGUAAUUUCCCAGCAUUUACAAUGCUCACUUAUCUCCUCACUCAUAUAAAAGGGUGGUUGGAGUGUGAUAUUCAUGGAUAUGCAUUUCAAGAGCCUUUAUAGUACACUUUAUUGAAGCAUUUUGAUGAUUUUUGAACUACUUGUCUUGUUUUUCCUCUUAAUUCUACUUAGUUGAGAUGCUUUGUGACAAUUGAUCCAGUGCAACCAUUCUUAAGAAUAUGCCAUAUUUGAUCAAUGAGAAUCCUGCUUGUGCUUUUUGGCAGAAGGAAAGGAGCAAUGGAGCCAUCAGACCCUAAGUUCAGGCACUUCACUUUACCACAGCAACAGUGUGUGACCACCUGCUCAUAUCCUCAUACCUCUGGCUAUAGAUGGAGGUGCCCCCGAGUGGUAGUGACAUUGCCAUUGUCAGAAUUGCAUAUACACCAGCUGAUGUGAACUCUAAAGCUGGCCUUGCCAGUGGCAUUACUGUGUCCUCCAGUUGUCUUGCUUUGCCUUUUUACAGGCUGUGAUGCUAUCCUAUGUGAAGGCAGCUUUGGAAUGCUAAGCAGAACCAUGCUGUUCUCAAGCACUUCAUUCAGCACUGCCUCCACUUUGUCAGUCAUCGAGCAGCAGAUUUAAUUGCUGCACUGCUCUGUAGACUUGACUCUGCAAUUAUUGUGCUGCUGCUGGCCAGAUACUUUUUUUUUAAACCUAAAAGAUUUUGCAAAGGUUGAAAAGUAUAUUAAAAACAUAAACUGAAUUUUUAAAGGCUAGCAGCUAUUUUGUCCACAUAUACAGCCAUUUGCUAUUGACUGGCCAUGUCCUUUUAAAUUUACCCUUUACCCUUCAUUAUCUUGCCUCAUCGUUGACAGCAUGCCAGGCCUACUAUGUGUCAAUGAAGCUGACUGCAGAGUUGGGUGUGAUCAGCACACUAAAGGCCCACUAAUGCAGAGUCAGAGGCCUGAUCUACCCCAGUUUUGCCACCCUGUCCAAACUGAAAAGGCGAUAAGCAAUGUUUGUAAAUACUGAUAGUGCUGUGCUAUGUCUGGGAAUUCAACUGUUCUCUUGGAAGGUACAGUGAUCAACCUUCUGCAAAAAAUUAUUUGUGUGCAUUACAAUAUUAAACUCAUUGGUUAAUGCACUUCCUCCUACCUCCCUGGAUUUUAUAUAUAAGUUUUCAUUUUAAAUACCCCUUGUAUGAAUUAUUUCCAUGACACACACAGCAAGCUGUUCCAGUGAUACACUCUGCUAGAAUUAUUUUUUGCAAGGAAAUCACAUCAUUUUAAGGAGGAAUUAAAUUUGGGAUUUAGGUUUCUUGGUUUGAUGGGAUGACUAUUUUUUUAAACUGCCAUUUCAGUCAAAUGUUAAACCUAGUGUUAUAUUGCUGUUCUGAUUUAACAGUAUGUGGUUUUAUAAGAUGUAAGUGAAAUUUGGUGCCAAGAAAGCCAUACGUGGUGGAACAUUUCUGCUGGUACUGCCCACCAGUGCUAAGCAGCAUCGAAUCAUUCCCAUAAAUACUGAUUUAAAGGGUAUCUUUGCUUGCUGUAAUAGUAUUGAAACUGCCCUUGCCCACUUCUGGAGGGAACAAUGUGCAGAAUGAUGUGCAGCCACCCCGCCCAAACACGCACGCUGCCCUGCACUUAAAGAUUAUAGAUCACUUUGGUUUUGCAGCUUGUUUAGUGAAGUAAUAAUAAAAUCAACUUGUGGUGUUUUGAGCAGUUGUUAGUUUUGCAGUAGGACAGCAUCUCUGCAAGUAACAUUCUGAUACACAGCAAAUAAAGUGGGCAAAAUUAAUUUCAAAGUUGAAAGUGGAUUUUUAAUCCAAAUACUUUUCUCAAUAGGGCUUGAAAAUUGAUCACAGAAAAGAGACAGUUUUUGAGUCUGCAGAAGGGUAAUUUUCCAUCUAUUAACAAUGGGUUUGUCACAACAUGGUCAGUAUUGUGGGAUAAUUUGGAAUUGACUUUUUAAAAUGACAACACAACAGAUUCUGCACCCCCAAUCUCUAGUUUAAGAGCGCAUGUGGGUUCAGAUCAUUUAGAAUAAAGAAAAUGCACUCUUUCCCUGAGUUAAUAGUUUCAGUAGAUUCAAUCAUCUUAUAAUUCAGCCAAUUUAAAAAGCAUAUAAAUGACAACUGCUCGUCAUGGGGGUUACACAUUUUGAAUUACUGGGUAACUUCUCCCAUUGGCCAGCAACCAUAAGGUUUUGCUAUGCUGAACCAGAUUAUAAGAGCUAUGGCUGAAAACACUGUUGACUUGCAUAUGUGUUUAAAGACUAGAUCUUAGCAUCCAGAUAAAGUAAGGGAAAAGAAGAUGUACUGAUUCGAUUACAAGUUCAGUGAAGCUGUAGUAUCAUGUGAAAAGCAUCAGGGAAAUCACUGAAGGAGUUGGAAAGGCUAGUAAAUCCAAUUUGCACCUACUUUUGAUGUGCUAACCAGAUUAAAGUCUACCAAGUUAACUAAACUAGUAACAUUGGAACCAUGUACCGUGACUGCUGACUGGGUAGUUUAUAAAGGUCUAGUGUUAAUGUGGAUAACUUCAGACAGCCAAUGUUGGCACGAUGGGCUGUACGGUGGCCUCCUGUAUGAUUUUCUAUGAACACAAUUAACAUUACACUAGGUGACAGUGUAGGGACGCAUUGAGAGAUUUCUUGGACUUUUAUUCCAAUGGAGCACCUGAUUGAUGGAUUUUAAUCCCUCUUAAAAUAGUGGAGGGCUGAAUUUUAUACGGGUGUCAUUAAGGGCUCUGCUGUAAUUUCAAAGCAGUUUAUAUAAGUGCAAACUCAAACUACAUAUACAUAUAUAUAAUAUUCACUCUUAAAAUGUUUAGUUAAUCAGCCAGUAGAUGUUUCAAACAUAAAUAAUUUGAUUCUGCAUUGGUAAGUAUUACACUUGGCCCAUCAAAUCGUUUUAUUGUCAGAUCCAUUCAUUCUAAACUAUUCUCAUUUGUAUUAUGCCAAAUUAUUCUGAUCAAGUGAAUGAAAAAGAAACCAUUACUGCAAUUUAAACUUGAUUAUAUUUAUGUGCGUGUAUGCUGUCCCAUUCUUAAUAGUAGGAUCAAGAAUAUUGUGUGGAAAAUGAGAAGUUGUCCCUUGAAAAUGUAAUUGGAAAGCAUAUAUUGGACUUGGACAUAUACUAGAAUGCUACCUGAAGUCCAAGGGUUAAAUUACGAGGUAAGAUUACACAAACUGGGGUUGUAUUGCCUGAAAUUUAGAAGUUUAAAGGAUGAUUUGAUAGAAGUUUUCAAGAUAUUAAGGGAAAAAUAGGAUUGACAAACUAUAGGGUAUUUUCCACUUGUUGGGAAGUCUAGGUCUAGGGAGUGUUAUUUAAAAAUGAGUGUCUUUAAUUUUAGGAGUGAAAUUAGGAAUCACUUCUACCCCAGUAUGGUAGAAGUUUGGAACACUCUUCCGUAAACAGCAGUUAGUGUACAAUUAUUUGUUCAUUUUAAAUGAGAUUGAUGGAAAAAGCAGGUACAUAGUGAGGUGGCCGUGAUCUUAUUGAAUGGCAAAAGAGGUCUUUGAUUUGUAAUUUUAAUUAAAAUUUUGAUGGAAUUGAAUAUAGACAACAAUUGACACAAUACCAAUCUGGUCCAGAUCAGCCGUCCGCCCAACUAAGCCAACCAGACUCUUCUGCCCCCCGCCCCCCAGGAGUCCCAAGUUGCUAUGGUAACAUGCACUUUUACAUGUAUGUCACGUUUGGAGCUAUGGAUAGUGAUGGUAGAGGCUCCAACAUUCCUUCCAUUACCUGGCUAUCCAGGAAUCUCCUGUUAUUACCACCUCCCAUUGGUGUACGUUGCAUGGAUUUACAAGUUAAUACUCAACCUGUUUAGCCUCACUAUGAGCACACCCCUGGAGUGGAACUUGGACCUGGAGCUUCUGGCUCAGAGGCAGGGAUGCUACCCACUGCACCACAAGACCUCAACAGAUUUAUUACAAUUGACAAAAGAAAGUUGGGUGGGGAAAGAGGGUGGUGUGCAGUGGGUGAAUUGGGAAUGGAAGAACUUUUCAGUCCAUUCCCAAAGAAUCAAUACAGGCAUGAUUAACUGAACGGCCUCCUGUGCUGUGUAAUUUUUAUACCAUUCCAUACCUAAAUGAAAUGAAGGUAAGACUAAAAACAAAAAACUGGAUGCUGGAAAUCAACUCCCUGGAAGAGGGAGUCUUACUCAACAUUGGGGAUAGUUCAGACUUCUGCACCUGAUUUGCGCACUCAAAUUUAGUAGCUGUGAAACAUUUUCAUUUUUGCACUGCCACUAAACUUGUUUAUAAAUGCAAGUGUAAAUUAAUUGGAAAAAGAACUUUGGUAUCAUAGCCUGACAUUGUUAGGAAAUGGUUCACAGACACCAUGAAAAUCCAAUGGUAUCAACUAUUUGAUGUGAGUUUGUGCUUAAAAACCAGCUAUGAACAAAAGGUAAAAUUUCACACAUGGGGCAUCUAACUUCUGUAAAGGUUGAUCCUGUAUAUGAUUUCACCUGAGCAAAAACAAAGGUUUGGUUCUGAUGUCUAUUCCAUGCUAUUUCAGUGUUACAUGACCUUCCAAUUUGUAACUAUAAAAAUAACCCUCAGAUGGAUGUUGCUAAUACUUGCAUUUGACAUUUAAAAAUUAUUGCAAUUUUUCUGUCACUUCUCCAGGUAUACUUCAGUUUUCCAGCUGUCCACCUCCCUACAUGCCUGGUGUCACAGCAAUGGUAACCUUGUGCUUUGGGUCAUGAGCGCUAGGAUAGUUGGAGAUUUUUUUUGAAAGAAAGCAGAACCUUUGCAGAUUUAGAUAAUUUGAAAAAUUCCUAUUCCAGUUCAUUUGAGGACAUUCCUGAUAGCAGAGGCCCUGAAGUUUUGUGUGUGCGCGCGAGAGACACAGGUUGAUCAACAUUGGACAGAUGGUCUCUGCACCACAAGGAAGAAUUGCUGAGUAACAAACUUAUUAAAUGUAAUAACUUUAAAAGUUGUAGUGUUAAUUGAGUCAAGCAGUUUGUAUGAGUCAGAAUUCUAAUAUUGUUUAUACUAAACAUGCAUUGAUUAUUGCCUAUAUCUAAGGAGCAUUGAUUAUUGUCUGUAUCUAUUGAGAAUUUAUAUAAUUUAUCAACCAACUUCCAAUAUUCAUCACUUCUGGAAUAUUAAAUUUGGUUUCACUUUA